CACAUUGAUUAUAACACCUACCAAUCAUCAUAUUCCUUUAUUUUAUGGUUUGUCAUCAUCAAGAUAUUUGGACUAUUUCUCUUUAAUAUCAUUGCUGCAUUCAUCUGGGUUUGGUUAAUUCAAUUAUAAAGAUUAAUGAAAUAAGAGGGAACCAAUUCUACUAAUGUCUCAAGGAAAGAUGAAAGAAGAAGAUAUAUCCUAUACAAAUAUCAAAACCAAAGAUCAUGUGUUACUCGAUAUCGUGCAAGAAGAAGAAGAUCUUGUAGAAUCAAUUGGCGAAAAGAUGAAAAAUAUCUCAAGUUUUCAUCGUAUCAACAGAGUUCCUCAAGAAGUAAAAAAGGGAAGUGAAAAUAGUUACUCUCCUAAAUUAGUCUCGAUAGGUCCUUUUCACCAUGGAGUUGACACACUUAAAAACAUGGAGGAACAAAAGUGGUGUUAUCUCAACACGCUCGUUAGUCGAAAACCAAUAAACACACAACCCAUUUUAGAGAAUUGUGUGAAAGCACUUAGAAAUUUAGAAGAGAAAGCAAGAAAAUGCUAUGGAGAAGAUACAAUUGAUCAAAUUGGAAGCAAUGAAUUUGUCCAAAUGAUGUUACUUGAUUGUGGCUUUAUCAUUGAGGUUUUUAUCAAGCUUGCUUUAAAGGGUUAUCGACGUAGAGAUGAUAUGUUUUUUAGCAAUUACGAGAUGUUUUUUCGUUUAAGAUGUGACUUAAUUCUACUCGAAAAUCAAAUCCCUUUUUUUGUUCUACACCAAAUAUUUCACUUAGUUCCAAUUCCUAAAGAAUGUAAUUAUUCCCUUAUUCAACUUUCUUUACUCUUCUUUAGGAAAUUAAUUCCAGGUGAAGGACUCAUUACUAUAGAGAAAUUUGGCCCUGAAGUUCACCAUUUAUUGGACUUAGUUCGCCAAUGUUAUCUCCCAACAAUUCCUCAAAUUCAACCAAAUGGGGUACAAAAACAUUUGCACAAUGUACUACAUCUUCAUGCUGUAGGGAUCAAGUUCAAGAAGGCAGUAAGUGAAAGUGUUAUGAAUGUAAGAUUUACCAAAGACAAAGUAUUGGAAAUUCCAACUUUGAAAAUACACAACUACUCUGAGAUUUUAUUCAGAAAUCUAAUGGCACUGGAGCAUUUUGGUUCAACAAGUAUGCGAGUGAGAUAUCCAGCGUCUGAUGUUCGUACAACAGUAUCCACAACUACUUUACGGGCUCACAGUAACAUUGGUUCGAAACACGUUAUGUCUUACGUUUACCUCAUGAAAUCUCUUGUAAGGUCUGCAAAAGAUGCAAGCCAUUUAAUACAGAGGGAGAUUUUGGACAGCAGUUUAUAUAAUGAUGAAGAGAUUUUUCAACUGUUCCAUAAGCUUCAUGUUGAGUUUGAUGUCAAGGAUUUCUAUUAUAGUGGACUUUGUGAGAAAGUUAAUGGAUACAAGAAGAAAACAAUGUGGAAAGUAUGUUGCCAGAAACUCAGCAAUGUAUAUAAAAAGACUUCCUAAGGAAUAGCAGGCUUGACUGUUUUCUCAGUA